AUGAUGUCUAAACAAUGUGAAUUAUCUAAGGAGGAGAAAAUAAAAUUCAUCUGCAGUUUGCUUCAACAGGCCCCCCCAGGUGAAUUCAGGAAUGUUUUUGAAGACCUCCGCAUUCUGGUUCGCGACGAUCACCUCAUGAGGUAUGAGGCUGCUCAGGUCUGUGCCAAUCACACCAGGAACAAUUUCACAGCUGUGAACAUAAAAGGGGAGAAUGCUCUUGUGACUCGCUAUAAUGAUCUUGGGGGAAAUCGCUUCUUUGAUCCACAGAUCAAGCUUUCUUUCAGGUUUGAUCACCUGAGCAAAAGAGCUGAUAAAAUUUUGCUUUAUUGUGGUGUCAGAACAGAUAAUUCAGAAUUAUGGAGAGAAACCCUUAAUAUCAUUUUAGAGUCCUAUAUGAAGAAGCAUUUCCUUUCAGGAGACUGUCGUGUCUACAGAAAAACCCUCAGAAGCAACCCAUUCUUUGUGGUCUGCAUUGAAGGCCAUCAGUACAAUGAUGUCUGGAACAGUCUUUGGAAAUCUGUGUGGACUAUUGCUUUUACACCACCUACUUCACAGGUCGUGGGGAAGAUUGAUCUGCAGAUACACUAUUUCAAGAAAGCUAACCUCCACUGGACAGCAAGCAAAGAUGUUAAAGACUGCAUAUACUUAAUUAGCCGUGUCCAGUUUGCUAUGGAGUUUGAGAAAUUAGUUGAAGCUGAAGAAAACAAACUUCAGACUGGUUUAGUGGAAAGCCUCCAGAUCUUGUCAGAUGACAUAUGGAGAGCACUGCGUAGACAGCUCCCAGUGACUCGUACUGUCAUCAGCUGGGAUAAACUGCUGACUAGUUAG